GUGGUGGCGUCGCGCAAGUCUUCUGCCGCAGAGCCAGCUGCAGAAGAUGCAGUCGAGAAGGCCAAGGCGGGCACCUCUGCACCUCCACUUUCGAGGCCGUCGCGUGAGGAAGCGCCCAGGCCUGAUGGCACCUCGCGGGCCGACGCUGAUGCGGCUCCCAAAGAGGUGGUGGCGUCGCGCAAGUCUUCUGCCGCAGAGCCAGCUGCAGAAGAUGCAGUCGAGAAGGCCAAGGCGGGCAUCUCUGCACCUCCACUUUCGAGGCCGUCGCGUGAGGAAGCGCCCAGGCCUGAUGGCACCUCGCGGGCCGAUGCUGAUGCGGCUCCCAAAGAGGAUCCAGAGCAGCCCUCCACGCCGCCAGAAGCGCCUGCCUCAUCACAGACUUCGAGCCCGCCUGACGUCUCGGGUCUGGCCAUGGAGGAUGCGCUGAAGGUGCUCCUCAGUUCUGUGAACCGCGCCUCGCAGGAGCUAGCACUUCUUACUCAAGAUGAGCCCGGCAAGAAGGUCACCCGCGACACUUCUGGACCCUCUGGCCAAGGCCGAGGAAGCGAGGCCUCCUCGGGGAGCCGGCCUUCCGCAAGCGCCGGCGGGACUGCAGCCGCCGUGCUCACGGACGGGUCGUCGAUCACUUCGGAGAGCCGCUCAGGCGACCCGGCUUCCAGCGCAGAUGCAGCGAGCAUUCCGCUGGAAAGA